UGUGACCGUAGGGAGGAUCCCCCUUGCACCGGGGACCGCAGACUCCGGGCUGGCCCCCGAGCGCUGGGCGUCGUGUUUCUGGGCCCUGGCCUUUUCUCGUGAUUCUCGGGGCAGUUGGCCCCGCCCCGGUUUCCUCAGGGCCCUGGCACUGCCGGGCUGAUUGGCGGAGUCAUGGCAGUGCCCUUUGUGGAAGACUGGGACUUGGUGCAAACCCUGGGAGAAGGUGCCUAUGGAGAAGUUCAGCUUGCUGUGAAUAGAAUAACUGAAGAAGCAGUUGCAGUGAAGAUUGUAGACAUGAAGCGAGCCAUAGACUGUCCAGAAAAUAUUAAGAAAGAGAUCUGCAUUAAUAAAAUGUUAAACCAUGAGAAUGUUGUAAAAUUCUAUGGUCACAGGAGAGAAGGCAAUAUCCAAUAUCUAUUUUUGGAGUACUGUAGUGGAGGAGAACUUUUUGAUAGAAUAGAGCCAGACAUAGGCAUGCCUGAACAAGAUGCUCAGAGGUUCUUCCAUCAACUCAUGGCAGGGGUGGUUUAUCUGCAUGGUAUUGGAAUAACUCAUAGAGAUAUUAAGCCAGAAAAUCUCCUUUUGGACGAAAGGGAUAACCUCAAAAUCUCUGACUUUGGCUUGGCCACAGUAUUUCGGCAUAAUAAUCGUGAGCGUUUGUUGACGAAGAUGUGUGGUACUUUACCUUAUGUUGCUCCAGAACUUCUGAAGAGAAAAGAAUUUCAUGCAGAACCAGUUGAUAUUUGGUCCUGUGGAAUAGUACUUACUGCAAUGUUGGCUGGAGAAUUGCCAUGGGACCAGCCCAGUGACAGUUGUCAGGAAUAUUCUGAUUGGAAAGAAAAAAAAACAUACCUCAACCCUUGGAAAAAAAUCGAUUCUGCUCCUCUGGCUCUACUUCAUAAAAUCCUAGUGGAGAAUCCAACAGCAAGAAUUACCAUCCAGGACAUCAAAAAAGAUAGAUGGUACAAUAAGUCACUCAAGAAAGGGGCAAAGAGACCCCGAGUCACUUCAGGUGGUGUGCCAGAGUCCCCUGGUGGAUUUUCUAAGCACAUUCACUCUAAUUUGGACUUCUCUCCAGUAAACAAUGCUUCUAGUGAAGAAAACGUGAAGUAUUCUAGUUCCCAGCCAGAGCCACGGACAGGUCUGUCCCUAUGGGACUCCAGUCCCUCAUACAUCGAUAAAUUGGUACAAGGGAUCAGUUUCUCUCAGCCCGCAUGUCCUGAUCAUAUGCUUCUGAAUAGCCAAUUACUUGGUACCCCAGGAUCCUCACAGAAUCCCUGGCAGCGCUUGGUGAAAAGAAUGACAAGAUUCUUUACCAAAUUGGAUGCAGAUAAAUCUUACCAGUGCCUGAAAGAGACUUGUGAGAAGUUGGGCUAUCAUUGGAAGAAGAGUUGUAUGAACCAGGUUACUGUAUCAACAACUGAUAGAAGAAACAAUAAACUGAUUUUCAAAAUAAAUUUAGUAGAAAUGGAUGAGAAGAUAUUGGUUGACUUCCGGCUUUCUAAGGGUGAUGGAUUGGAGUUCAAGAGACACUUCCUGAAGAUAAAAGGGAAGUUGAGUGAUGUUGUGAGCAGCCAGAAGGUUUGGCUUCCUGUCACAUGAUCCAUUUGCUGUGGGAUUCCUGGUGAAUAUAGUGCUGCUUUGUUGACAUUAUUCUUCCUAGAGAAGAUCAUUCCAUUAUGCAAACUGCAGACAGUAGUUCCUGAAGAGUUUUCUUCUCCUCUGUCCAAAACUCAAUUAUUUGUAUAUUUUACAUAUAAAUAUCCAUAAUAUUUAUAAUAAUGGAUCAAAUUCAUUAGAUAUUUCUUCAGAUGUGUGUAGUGUCUAAAUUUGAAACCCAUCUGGUUGAAACUCAAGUAUCUAUCAUCAGAUAUCUACUUGAGUUGACCAGCUUUUGUGACAACAUAAUAUCCCAUUUUUAUAGUUUUUUUCAUCCAAAAAGCACCUAUUUUCUCCAUACUGGCUUAAUUAUAAGGAAAAUUUGUCAAAGACUGAUCCCUGUGACUUUUGGACAAUGGACUUGCCAAUUUGUGAAGAAAGGCAAGCUUAAAAGAAUGUAUCCCAAAACUUUGUACUAUAUUUUCAAUUUUAGUAAAUGUGCUGCUGAAGCAAGCCCUGUACAUUUUCAAAAGGGUUUGACCAGUAAUAUAAAACUGUUAGAAUGAUUAAAACUUUAAGUAGGUAUUUUUUCUUUUUAGUUAGUCAAAUAUAAGAUACUGGUUGAUCUUUCAAAAAGUUGAGCAUACAUUCUAGGGCUUAACUGACUCUAAAAAUUACUGUUGCACAUCUUAAAUAUUUUUCUAUAUUAUUUCUUACUUUCAUGGCCAUAUUUUAAUUCUUUACUA